ACUGUUUUUCUUGGGAAGGAGAAGGCGGCGCACGCCCGCGGUCUCUUUUGUUGUUGUGGUAACGACCGUUGGAACUCUUUGAACUCUCGGCUCUGAGAGGCUCCAGGUUUCUCCGCCAGAGCUCCUGUCGCUCUGUCACCUGCGCUGUGUUCCUCUCUAGUCGCAGGAGCCCUGGGGAAUAAAGUUGGGAGCUCAGGCAUGGACUCAAUGACCUUUGAGGAUGUGGCUGUGAACUUCACUCCAGAAGAGUGGGCUUUGCUGGAUCCUUCCCAAAAGAAUCUCUACCAAGAAGUGAUGCAAGAAACCUUAAGGAACCUGGCCUCUAUAGGGAAGAAAUGGAAAGACCAGAACAUUGAAAAUGAGUACAAAAAUCCCAGGAGCAGCCAAAGAGGUCUUAUGGAAGAGAGACUAUUCGAAAGUGAAGGUCAUCAGCAUGGAGAAAUUUUGACCCAGGUUCUGGAUGACAUGCUGAAGAAGAAAACUGGAGUAGAAUCAUGUGAAAGGAAUGUGUGUGAGGUCGGCAUGGGUCAUUUAUCCCUUAAUAAGCACACCAGAGCUGACACUGGACACAAGCCAUAUGAGUAUCAGGAAUAUGGACAGAAGCUAUAUAAAUGUACAUACUGUGAGAAAGCCUUCAGCUACCUCCCCUACUUUCGCAGACAUGUAAUUGCACACACUGGAGAAAAACUCUAUGAAUGUAAGGAUUCUGGGAAGGCAUUUAGUUUUUCCAUUUCUUUUCAUAGACAUAAAAGAGCUCACUCUGGAGGGAAUCCCUAUGAAUGUAAACAAUCUGGAAAACCCUUUGGAUGCACCUCAGAACUUCGAAUGCAUGCAAGGACUCACAGUGUAGAGAAACCUUACAAAUGUAAGAAAUGUGAAAAAGCAUUUAAUAACAUAUCUUCCUUUCAAAUACAUGAAAGAAUGCACAGAGGAGGGGACCAUCAAGCAUGUAAGGGUUCUGGGAAGACAUACCGUUUUUUUGGUUUCUAUCACAGACAUAGAAUGCUUCACGCUAGCGGGAAAUUUUAUGGAUGUAAGAAAUGUGGGAAAGCCUUUAUUAGUUUCUGUGCCUUUCGAUACCAUCAAAGGACUCACACUAAAGAGAAAUCCUAUGCACGUAAACAAUGUGGGAAAGCCUAUAUUUCUUCCAUUUCUUUUCGAUAUCAUCAGUUGAGUCACACUGGAGUGAAACACUACGAGUGUAAGCAGUGUGGCAAAGGCUUCAGUUUGCCCAAUUCCAUUCGAUGUCAUGAAAUGACUCACACUGGAGAGAAACCCUAUAAAUGUAAGCAAUGUGGGAAAGCUUUCAGAUGUGCCUCAAGCCUCCAGAUACAUGGAAGGACUCACACUGGGGAGAAACCCUAUGAAUGUAAACAGUGUGGUAAAGUCUAUCGUUAUUGGAGUGGCCUUCGAGUACAUGAACUAACUCACAUUGGAAAAAAGCCUUACGAAUGUAAGGAAUGUGGGAAAUCAUUCUAUAGUUCCGGUUUCCUUCUAAAUCAUAAAAGGAUCCACACUAGGGAGAAACCUUAUGAAUGCAAGGAAUGUGGGAAAGCAUUUGGUAAUCCCAUAUCCUUUCAAAAACAUGAAAGGAGUCACAGAAAAGAGAAGCCUUAUGAAUGUAAGGAAUGUGGGAAGGUAUUCAGUUUUUCUAGUUCCCUUCGGAGACAUGAAAGGACACACACUGAAAAACCCUGUGAAUGUAAACAACAUGGGAAAGGAUCUUUUCGUAGAAGCUGUUCUAGGCACAUGAAGAUACACACUGGAGAGAUACUUCAUAAACGUAAGAUUCGUGGAAAAGUCUUUCAUUCUCCCAGUUCAUUUCAAACACGUGAAAGAUCUCACACUAGAGAAAAAUGCUAUAAAUGCAAGCAAUGUGGAAAACCCUUCAUUUAUUUCAAUGCCUUUCAACAUCAUCAAAGGAGCCACACUGGAGAGAACCCCUGUGAGUGUAAGCAAUGUGGGAAAGCCUAUAUUUCUUCCACUGCUUUUCAGUGUCAUGAAUUGAGUCACACUGGAGCAAAACGCUAUAAGUGUAAGCAAUGUGGCAAAGGCUUCAAUUUGCCCAGUUCCAUUCGAUAUCAUGAAAUGACUCACACUGGAGAGAAACCCUAUGAAUGUAAGCAAUGUGGGAGAGCUUUCAGAUCUGCCUCGCACCUUCAAACACAUGGAAGGACUCACAGUGGGGAGAAACCCUAUGAAUGUAAACAGUGUGGUAAAGUCUGUCGUUACUGGAGUGGUCUUCGAAUACAUGAACUAACGCAUAUUGGAAAAAAGCCUUAUGAAUUUAAGAACCGUGGGAAAUCAUUCUAUAGUUCCAAUUUCUUUCAAAAUCAUAAAAGAGUCCACACUAGAGUGAAGACAUAUGAAUGCAGGGAAUGUGGGAAAGCAUUUGAUAAUCCUACAUCCUUUCAAAAGCAUGAAGGGAGUCACAGAAAAGAGAAGCCUUAUGAAUGUAAGGAAUGUGGGAAGGUAUUUGGUUUUUCCAGUUCCCUUCGGAGACAUGACAGGACACACAUAGGUAAAAAACACUACGAACAUAAACAACGUGGCAAAGGAUUUUCUCAUCUUAGAAGCUUUUCUAGACACAUGAAUACUGGAGAGAGAUCCCAUAAAUCUAAGAUAUGUGGAAAAGUCUUUCAUUCUCCCAGUUCAUUUCAAGCACAUGAAAAAUCUCACACUAGAGAGAAACGCUAUAAAUGCAAGCAAUGUGGGAAAGCCUUCAUUUAUUUCAGUGCCUUUCAGUGUCAUCAAGGGAGUCACACCAGAAAGAAGCCCCAUGAAUGUAAGCAAUGUGGGAAAGCCUAUGUUUCUCCCAUUUCUUUUCGAUAUCAUCAGUUGAGUCACACUGGAGCGAAACGCUAUGAGUGUAAGCAAUGUGGCAAAGGCUUUAAUUUACCCAGUUCCAUUCGAUAUCAUGAAAUGACUCACACUGGAGAGAAACCCUAUGAGUGUAAGCAAUGUGGGAAAUAUUUCAGAUGUGCCUCAAGCCUCCGAAUACAUGGAAGGAUUCACACUGGGGAGAAACCCUGUGAAUGUAAACAGUGUGGUAAAGUCUAUCGUUAUUGGAGUAGCCUUCGAAUACAUGAACUAACUAAUACUGGAAAAAAGCCUUAUGAAUGUAAGGAAUGUGGGAAAUCAUUCUAUAGUUCCGGUUCCUUUCUACAUCAUAAAAAGAAACUACACUAGGGAGAAGCCUUAUGAAUGUAAGGAAUGUGGGAAGGUAUUCAGUUUUUCUUGUUCCCUUUGUAGACAUGAAAGGACACACACUGGGAAAAAGCCCUAUGAAUAAACAACGUGGGAAAGGAUUUUUCAUAUCUUCCAUGGAGCUUUGAAUGCAUGAAAAGAUACAUUACAGAGAAAUGCUAAAUGUAAGGGGUGUAUACAAGCAUUUAGUAAUUUCUCUUCCUUACUUAUACGUGGAAGGAUGCACACUGGAGAGAAGCCAUAUGAAUGUAAGAAUUGUGGGAAAGCCUUCACAUCUGCCAAGAACCUUCAAAAUCGUGGAAGGACAGACACCAGAGAGAAACCAUGUGAAUGCAAGCAAUGUGGCAAAGCUUUCAUUUGUUCCAGUUCGUGUCAGCAACAUGAAGAGAUACAUUCUGUUAAUAUGCAUUCAAUUAUCCCAAUUCCUUUGAAACACAGAAAAAGAGUAGGGAAAGGACCUGUGAGAUAAUUUAUUUCUGAGUUGAGAAGAGCUACCGGUGAAUGGACAGUUAAAUCUGGAUGUAUUUAGAUAUUUAGAUGGUUCUGAUACAAUUCAUCUAUAGCCAAUCUUUUUUUUUUUUUAAUUUUUUCAUUUUUUAGAUGGAGUCUUGCUCUGUUGCCCAGGCUGCAGUGCAGUGGCAUGAUUUCAGCUCACUGCAACCUCUGCCUCCCGGGUUCAAGCAAUUCUUCUGCCUCAGCCUCCCAAGUAGCUGGGAUUACAGGCAACCGCCAUCACGCCUGGCUAAUUUUAGAGAUGGGGUUUCACCAUGUUGGCCAGGCUGGUCUCAAACUCCUGAUCUCAAGUGAUCCACCUCGGCCUCCCAAAAUGCUGGAAUUAUAGAUGUGAGCCACUGCACCCUGCCACUUAUAGCCAAUCUUAAUGAGAUUUCAUAGGCACAGACAAGGGAGGUGUCAGUCACAUAUUAGAGGCACCACACAGGGAGAGCAGUGUGUGGCCACCUGCUUCAGCCCAUUUUUUCUGAUUCUCUUGCUUGCAAAUUAAGAGGAUUCUCCAAAUCCUUGACUUUCCUUUUCUCAGAGUCAUAGUUCUCCAGAGAUGUUGCCAGAUGAUUCACAUUAAAGGUACAUUUCCAGUUGGCUUUUUUAUUCCAGAUAUUAGUAAAUGAUUACCAGAGAACUAAUUCAAACUGUCAUGGUUGGAAAUACUCUGAUGGUCAACUCCCUAAUCUAUAGAGUGAGUUAAGGUCUAUGCUCUUUUGCAAGCAUUGUUCUAGUGGCAGUGACCCUGUUCAUGAUUCAGCCUGACAUUUACUAUGCUUCCCUGAAAACCAACUAGAUGGGAACUUGUUUCUCUCCUGCAUUGUGUAGUGACUGGUGUCACCCAGGACUUUUAUGUGAGAAAAAGCACCUUGCUCUUAAUCUGGGAAUUUUGAGUGUUUUUUGUAAUGCCUCAGUUUAUUCUUAUUUAUGGUUGAUUAUAUGUGAUUAAGAACA